CUAAUUAACACUGCUUCUAGAGUCACAACGAAGGGGGUGAUGGAGAAAUAAUAAAGCUAGCUGCCACUUUGACGGAAGAGAUAGGGAUAUGUUUAUAUAGUAGAAAAAUCAGCUUGUACCACAUCGAUUAAUUAAAGGGAUUAAUGAAGUUAUUAGGUCAACUCAACAUUUAUUAGGCCAAAAGACAUGAAGGCAAAGAGCCUCAACCCUUUCCAGUCAUGACAGGGCGACAAGGCUCAACACCAACCCGGUCCGGCAUCGAGACCAUCAAGUACCAACCGCCCCAAGACGGGACGAGGGCCCCCAAGGCGACGGUUACCAACUAGUCACCAAGGCAGCGACAAGCGGCCCCUAAGGCGGUUGGAGCAACAGGCUAGCUAGCGGUUACCAAGGCAGUUACACCCAGAUGACUAUAAACAGGAGAAACAAAGACGGGAAAAGGGUUCGACAACCAACCAUUUGACAACACAUGUCAAACUUUAUCCUUUCUAUCCAAUGUAGCUGUUAUGGGACAAUUCAAGCACCACAUCGGUAAUACAAGGGAAAGAGCCUGGUUCGGCAGAUCCGGGGCGGUGGACGUCAGUUCGGUGGACCCUCGCUCGGUGACCUCGGGGUUUGAGAUCUGCAUCUGGUUUGGUGGAUCCAGGAGAGAUCCACGUUUGGGCUUGGCGGAUCAAAGAGAGUUCCGCAUUUGGGAAGCAGAUCAAAGAGAGUUUUGCGUCUGGUAAAGUCCUUGUAUCGAGAAGCCCAUCGAUAGAAGGCAUCUGGCGGAUCAAGAUAAUCGCUGAGGUGAGGACACGAUGUUCGUGGUCCUUGGCUUGAGGGGAGGAUUGUUAUGGGACAAUCCAAGUACCACAUCGGUUAUACAAGGGAAGGAACCCUUGUAUAUUAGUGUCCACCAAUCUCAUUAGUACGAGGCCUUUUGGGGAGGACACCCAAGAGUAAAACCGUGCGGGCUCGGCCCAAAGCGGACAAUAUCGUACUAAUGGGCUGCCCAGUUAUGACAGUAGCCAUAGCUGUAGCUUUAAGUUUCUCGAGCUCUCACUGAACCUCCAUAGGAGUAGAGUAAUUUAACUAGUUUUCUCAACCAUCAAAAUCAUCAAACACCCUUGUUCGAACAUUGUUUGGAGAGGUGUGAACCGUGUUAUUAUCGUUGUUCAAGAAGUCAAAGGUGCAUUUAGUAAUAUCAAACACAAGAGAUUUUCCUCGCAGGAAAACAAGAUAAAACACAGCAAAAUAAAAACAUAUGCCACAAAAAUAAAAGAUAUAUGAAAGGAAUUCUGAAAUUACAACGUACGGAAUAAGUAAACAUAAACAAU